AAUAACUAAAUUUGAUUGAGUCUACCACUGUUCUCCAGAAGAACGAGUUGAAUAAAAGAAGAACAAUACCAAAUUUCGUAAAAUAAUAAUAAUAAACAAUUGAAUUGUUUGUUUUGGUUUGGAUUAGUUAAAGGGACCGACCCCGACAAUGUUGGGACAGACGUUGAGUACUGAUUGAGUAGUUUGGCUAUAGUUUGUUUCUUCUAGUUUAAUUUAAGAUAAUUUCGUAAAAUUAUAAAAAUAUUUUUUAGUUUAAUUUGAUCACUAUUGCGUAUUUAGUUUGGUCCAUUGUUGGUUUUUGGCUGUAGAGAGACAGACAUAAGUGAUUGAGAGUGUCUUGCCUGUGGUUGGUUAGUCUAGUAAUGACUUCGACAAUGUGUGACGAUUCUCCAGAACAGAAAAGACCAAAUUUUUCAUUGGUCAAUAAUUCUGCGACGAAUGGAAUCAGUAGGACGUCGAAUGUUACGCAGCUUAAGAGUGGGGGAACAAAGAAAUUGGUUAUCAAAAAUUUUAGAGAAAAACCAAAAUUGUCAGAUGAUUAUCAAGCUGAAACAUGGAGAAGACUGCAAGAAUCUGUUAUCGCGAUUCAGACAUCUACUCGUAUCAGUCACUGCUUGGAAGAAUUGUAUCAGGCUGUGGAAAAUAUGUGCAGUUAUAAAAUGGCUCCCCAACUUUACGACAAUUUGAAAGAUGUGAUUGAGAUGCAUGUCAGGGAUAAUGUGGAACCGUAUAUUCGUGGAGUUCAAGACCGUAAAAUAUUUUUGAAAGAGAUGGAAGGAUGUUGGCAAGCACAUUGCCAUCAAAUGAUUCUGAUUCGAAGUAUUUUCCUGUACCUUGAUCGCCGUUAUGUCUUACAAACUCCGUCUGUGCCCUCAAUUUGGGACAUGGGGCUGGACCUUUUUCGAAAACACGUUAUUGGUCAACAGUUGGCUCAAACUAGAACAGUGGACGGACUGCUAAUGCUGAUUGAGAGUGAAAGACAGGGUGAUGUUGUGGAUAGAUCUUUGCUCAAAUCCCUCCUGAGAAUGUUAUCGGAUCUGCAAAUUUAUCAAGAUGUGUUUGAGCAUCGAUUUUUACAAGCGACUGAUGCCCUUUAUACGGCUGAAGGAAGAAGACUGAUGCAAGAGCUGGAAGUGCCUGAAUACUUGGCGCAUGUAGAUAAACGAAUUUCCGAAGAAAACGAACGGGUACUUCACUAUUUAGAUGUAGGAACGAGAUGGGCUUUAAUUCACACUGUGGAACGCCAGUUAAUAUCGGAACACCUGAGUAGUAUCCUUGGGAAGGGGCUGGAAAGCUUACUGGAUAAUAAUAGGAUUCAAGACCUAACACUAAUGUUCAAUUUAUACAAUCGGGUUAAGAAUGGUUUAAUAGAACUUUGUUCUCAAUUCAACUCUUACAUUAAGAAAAAAGGGCGAAUAAUUGUGAUUGAUCCUGAGAAAGAUAAAUCUAUGGUUCAAGAUUUACUGGACUUUAAGGACAAGAUGGAUAAUAUCGUCUUGUCUUGUUUUGGAAAAAAUGAAAAAUUUGUCAACAGUGUGAAAGAAGCAUUUGAGUUCUUUAUCAAUCAACGACCAAACAAGCCUGCAGAGCUAAUUGCAAAGUUUGUCGACUCCAAGCUCCGCGCAGGAAACAAAGAAGCCACGGAAGAAGAGCUGGAAAGACUGCUUGAUAAAAUAAUGGUGAUAUUCCGUUUUAUCCAUGGGAAAGAUGUCUUUGAAGCAUUUUACAAGAAGGAUUUGGCAAAGCGUCUCCUCGUUGGGAAAUCUGCAAGUGUUGACGCAGAGAAGAGUAUGUUAUCUAAGCUGAAACAAGAAUGUGGGGGUGCAUUUACAUCAAAAUUGGAAGGAAUGUUCAAGGAUAUGGAAUUGUCUCGUGAUAUUAACGUUGCAUUCAAGCAGCACACGUCUAACCUCAAAUCAAAUUUCGAAAGCAGCAUCGACUUGACUGUUAAUAUUUUAACAAUGGGAUAUUGGCCCACUUAUCCUUUAGUUGAAGUUAACCUACCUAAAGAGAUGGUCCAGUAUCAAGAAAUAUUUAACAAAUUUUACCUUGGCAAGCACAGUGGAAGAAAAUUACAAUGGCAACCAACUUUGGGCCACUGCAUGCUAAGAGCCACAUUUGAAAAUGGGAAGAAAGAGCUUCAAGUUUCUCUAUUCCAAGGUCUAGUUUUAUUGUUGUUUAACGAUUUGGGUCAACUCUCCUUGGAAGAAAUAAAAACAGGAACGAAUAUUGAGGAUGGAGAAUUAAAGAGGACCCUCCAGUCCCUAGCAUGUGGCAAAGCCAGAGUGCUUCACAAGAGUCCGAAAGGAAAAGAUGUCGAGGACGGAGACAAGUUCGAAUUUAACAGCGAAUUUGCUAAUAAAUUAUUCCGAGUUAAAAUUAACCAAAUUCAGAUGAAAGAGACGAAUGAGGAGCAGAAAGCCACCGAAGAACGAGUUUUCCAAGACAGACAGUACCAAAUUGACGCUGCCAUUGUUCGAAUAAUGAAAAUGAGAAAAACUUUGAGUCACCAGCUACUUGUUUCAGAAUUGUACAACCAACUCAAAUUCCCUGUUACGCCCGUAGACCUCAAGAAAAGAAUUGAAAGCCUGAUUGACCGCGACUACAUGGCACGAGAUAAAGAAAACACAAAACAGUAUAAUUAUGUCGCGUAAUAAUUGUGUAUUAAUAGGAGAGAUUCUAAAUGUUCCAUGUGUUAUACACCAUACAAAUAAUUUUGAAACCCGUAUCAUUAUGUAUUUAAAUAAUCUCACUCAUAUUUGUUGGAUUAUACAUGUUCAUUCAGAUAAUUGAUUAAAAAGAGUCAAGAAAGAUAA